AUGUCCAUUGCCAACUACAUCCAUCCGAGCACAUAUGAGAGUCUUUCCGACCAGGAGAUAUCCGUAGUCCAGCAGGUACAUGACUUCGCCGAGAAAUACUUCCAGAACCCAUGCUUUGACGCGUCCCACGACUUCGAUCACGUGAAAAGGGUGGUGAAGAACGCCAUAGCUAUCCUCACAAGGGAAGAGAAUAGCCGGAAGCAGAAAGCAUUGCCUGCAUUGGAUCCGUUAAGCGUCAUCCUUGGUGCGCUGCUCCACGAUGUCGAGGACAAGAAGUACAUCAGCGCCGUGGACGACAACUCUCCACUCAAGCGGGCAAUCGUAGACGCCGGAAUGUCUCUCGAGUAUGCUGCGCAAAUCCAGCUGUUGGUCGAAGGCGUUUCAUACUCGUCGGAGAUCAGGGACCCACAGCGUGUCAGGAAUCUCAUUGUAGCCAUUCCAGAGCUGGCCAUCGUACAGGACGCCGACCGGCUGGACGCGAUAGGGGCCAUUGGAAUCGGUCGAUGCUUUACAUUUGGUGGAGCCAAAGGCGCCCGGAGUUUGCAGGAUUCAAUCCAACACUUUGAGGACAAGUUGGUGAAGUUGGAAGGGAUGAUGAAGACUGAAGCUGGAAAAGCCAUGGCCGAGGAGAGAUCGCGGAGGAUUCGUGAGUUCAUGGCCUGGUGGCAAACCGAGGUUGACUCCUCAAAUCAAUGA